AUUAUUACGGAAGCGAUCGGAAGUCUCGGAGCGACAGUUGUUUUGGUUAAAAGUGGCCAAAAGUCCGUCAAAAUAAGUAAUGUCUACGGCUUGGGUGCGGGCGCUGUGGCCAACAUUAAUGGCGGCAAAAAUGGCCGCAAGAAUGUGGACGAAAAACAAGAAGUGAAGACAAUAACUAAACCCUUAUAUGAGAAAUACAUGAAAUCCUUGGAUUCAAAGGACUCUUCGGCCGGUCUAUUGGUUUUAGCCGAAGGCGGAAACGCUGGGGAGGCUGUGAUCGCCACCCGUGAGGGUUGGCUCGAUGUUAAGGGCGCCUCCGGUUUCAGACUGGGAUCUUAUACUGAAAUCUCUACUCGCGGUUAAAUUAUUGAAUAAUUAUCACAUAUUUUUUACUACAAAUAAUAGCCACUAAUUAUUUUUAAAAAUUUAAUUAUAUAUAAAAAUAUCAUAAUUUAAAUUAUUUAAUAAAAAUAUUAA